AUGGCGGCAACCCUUAGGAAUGUUUGGUUUCGAAGGAAUUGUGUGGUCUUUGAAAAUAGAUUGGAAUGUCCUAAUAGACUUAUGCUAUCUGUUAAGACUAUUGUAAAGGACCAAGCAGUGCAGACUUUAGGCAAUUCAGACAGACAAGAGCAGGUCAGAGGUGCAGACACUUUGAGUUGGGAAAAACCAGAUUGUAGAUAUGUCAAAAUUAAUUGGGAUGCUUCAUUGGAUCAAAAAAGAAAGAAAAUGGGAGUAGGGAUUAUAAUUAGAGAUGAGACUGGGAAGGUUUUAGCUACUAUGUGUGAUCAGAAAGGAUAUGUAGAAAAGGCAGUCAUUGCAGAAUGUCAAGCAUUGAGGACAACAGUGGAGCUGUGCAGUGAUCUUCAGCUUCAGAAAGUAGAAUUCGAAGGAGAUGCAAAGGAGGUCAUCUUGUCAGUUUCUAGUGAAGAAGAGUUGCUGACUUCUUAUGGUUAUUUAGUAGAUGAUGUUAGGUUUCAUUUUAAGAAAAAUGCACACUGGUCAAUACAUUUUACUCAUAGAGAGAAAAACAUGGUUGCUCAGACCUUAGCAAAAAAAGCUUUGUUUAUAGAAGGAAAGAAAGUAUGGUUAGAGGACUUCCCAAAAUUUAUUGUGGGAUGCCUUAACAGAGACUUCAAUUUUUUUACUUGA